AUGAGUAACACUGCCAAGACCGACAACAUCGAUGAGAAAACAUGGGAACACCAUCGUGCAAGGAUCGAGAGCUUGUAUUGGGGGAAAUCGCUCAGUGCGAUUGACGCGCAUAUGAGAGAGCAUUACGCUUUUGUUGCAAGCAAAUCACAAUAUGAGAGGCAGUUCAGGAAGUGGCAACUACGAAAGAACCUUACUGGGCCUGAGUGGACAGUCAUCAUAAGGUACAUGAAGAGAAACUCGAUUCGCCUUGAACAAGUGGAAGUGCUGUUCAAGGGACACGAAAUCCCCCACAAGAGGAUUCUACAAGAGAUAGCGCGACGCAGCUCGCUAAACACCACAUGGCAAAGCGGCUCCUACAAACUUCCAAAAGAGAUCACCGUACGACCACGAUCACGCCCUCCGGAUAUUGACGCCGCGAACGGUCUUCAGACCACAAUAGUUCCUGCUAUAAUCCCGUCACUCUCUUCCAUUCAGACCGAAGCUAGCCUUGAACUGGUUACCAUACCCUCAAUCUCGAUUAAUCGCUACAGUUCGAACGCGUCCACCCUUGCUGCUUCGUGGAGCGCCCCGUUUUCUUGGAUGCGGAGUGUCGACCUGGAUUCGUUCUCGCAGAACCUCUCUGCUGCCGAGCAGUUAACGAAAUGGAGGAAGCCUCCAAAGGCCCAGCUCGAUGCACUAUUUUACUCGAAGGAUCGGUCGUUUCUAGAUACGCGGCACGAAAGCCACGAGACAUCAGUUCCGUUGUGCGCAAUCGCGUCACUAGCCAACAACCUAUCCUCGGUGGACCAUAAUGUUUCCAAUGACGCAUAUUCAUUGUUGAAGGCGCUUCCACUGAACGUCGUAUUACAAAGCCUGAAGGUCCUCCCGGUUCCGGUCUUGGAUGCUCUCAAAGAACAGGUGUUUGCUACUGCUGUCAAGGUUGGGGACGUGAAUCUUGUUUCGGCUAUGCUGAAGUUGAAUGCUGAUCCUCGCGAACGAAUCAUGAUAGAUCGGUCAACCGGGUCAAAACCAACCUACCCACUUGAUUAUGCACGGGAUGCAGAUCACUUCGCCGUUGCAAAAACACUUAUCUCACACAUGUGUCAAGGCGCAACUCAAUCGCAGCUUGACGGACUAAUUGAUUACAUCUUGUAUGGGAUGGAAUCUACAAUGCCUGAAUCGAGAAUGUAUUUCACAAGAUGGCCCAUCGGACGUUUUGGCGAGUCAAAACCGAUCGAGCUCAUGUGUAUCGCCCUCGCUGCAGGAGCCAGGCCCAAGUGGGAUUGUCUCAGAGCUGUAUAUGACGUUAUCUUGGUAGCUUCUCUCAAGAAGCUGGUAGAGAAUACGACCGGAGGUAUCAUGGCUUGGCUAGAGAUAGGCCUGCUGAAGUUUUAUCUUGGUUCCAGUUAUGAUUGGACGAAGACAUCCCCGAUCGAAAAUGUCCUACAAUACGUCUUUUCAGACUGCCAGCGCCAACUACCUCGAGGAGAUCCAAAAUUUAGGACAGUAGUUCUCGAAGGAUUGAAGACUGCUAUUGUCAACAAAAAAGAAGAAGCUGCCAAAAUGAUCUUGAGAGCGUUCAGUCUACUAGGUUACCGCCUCAAUAGCGAAGAGACUUGCAUGGGCAACACAGCCACGAACGAUUUGAUCAUACAGGCAUUUGAUAACGCAGACUGGGAUCUGGCAACAUCCUUAAUGUUGGCGCAGUACUCGACAGCAGUAGGAGGAAACUUGGAACAAGGCUUGAAGGCAACGGCCUCAACGGCAUAUCGUUCGGGAGCACAACAGCCUGUUGCAAGAAGUUUCGAGAAGCCUCCCCAUGUCCCUACAUAUCAUGAACAGUUCGCUGGCGCUGUCAAGGAGAAGAACCUAGUGCUCGCAUACCAGCUACUACAAGACCACAAGCUUUCAUCGGUAUAUAUGAAGAACUUCGUUAAACUCGCGAUCAGCCUCGGCGAAUUUGAUAUGAUUGUCAGUAUCAUCAGGUCUAUGAAAGAUGUUUGUUCAUGGAGCUCUGGUGAGCUUUAUGUCCUAUUGGACCAUGGUCAAAUUACAGCAGUCAGUGCGCUUCUUAUAGGAAAUCCUGUAUGGAAAUCUGCUCUAGAUGCUGCAUGCUACAACGGGGGUUUUGGUACAUUAGAAGCCAUGUUAUUCCAAGGGUCAGAGCUACCGUUCUUCGAUCAUUUUGGAGAUAAUAACGAUUUUUUGAUACAAGAGCAACAAGUAUACUUCCGGGUUAUCGCUUUUCACGCCAUUGCAACAGGCAAUUUCAAGCUUUGCGAAUGGUUGUUGCAGAUUGGUAUGGAUGCUGACGAGCUCCAUUUAUGCGAAAUGCAGAACAAUGACAUGGCGGUUGUGAAAGCUCCGGUCACGUAUUGCGGCUUGGCUGGUGGGGGUGGUGACCUGGUACGCUACAGCUGGUGCACAAUUCCAUCGCUUCUAGCUGUCGCAGCCCAACACAACCAUGAGGAUUGGAUGAGACAUCUUUUGGCUCAGGGUAUCCGAUCUGCCGAUUCCGGAGCGUUAGUAUGGGCAGUGAAGACGAAGGCAAGCCAACGAAACUAUGGCAUUGCUGCACUCCGGCAAGCCAUCCGGUCCCGAGACUUCACCAUCAUCGAUGUUUUGUGUGAAGCAGUGAACAUCGAUGCAAUCGAGCCGUCAACCAAGGAAUUCUCUGAGCACGAAGCUCCUCUCAGCCCAUUAGGUGAAGCAAUUAUACUGGACGACGUCGAGAUAGUGCAGUUUUUAUUGAAGCGAGGUGCCAAUCCAAACGCAUACGUAUCUUUCGAUGGUCAGAAGAUGCUAAAACGAAUUGAGAGUCACAUACAAAGAGUGACACCCUUACUAGCUGCUAUCGACAUGCAGAGUCUUCCAUUAGUGAAGCUUUUGUUAGAACAUGGAGCGGAGGUGGAUUACAAACGCAAUAUGGGAGUCUUUCGUACGCCAUUGCAAAGAGCCGCCGAAAUGGGUUGCUUCGAUAUUGUUCAAUGCCUCAUCGAGCAGAGUGCAAUUAUCGAUACAAUUCCUAUCCACUCUGGUGGUACUGCUUUGCAAUUAGCUGCGCUGAAAGGAUUCUGCGGUAUUGCUGCAUUUCUGCUUGAGCGUGGAGCCGACCCAAAUCACCCACCUGCCAAGGGGGAUGGACGAACUGCCUUUGAAGCAGCAGCGGAGUGGGGUCAUGUUGAUACGAUGUCGCUUUUGAUGCAGUACAAUGCCAACCUCGAUCUGGAAGUUGGAGAGCCUCCUGAAAGUCAGCAUGAACGGGCUAAACGGUUUGCGGAGAAGAAUGGCUUCAUGGCGUCGAAACGAUUCGUGGAACACCUCUACAGGCAGGCAUUGGGACAAGAAAAUUGGGAUAUUGGGAUGGCUUUAGAUUGGAUGUGA